GAUGGCGAAGCGAUCGGAACCGAAACCCGCGAACGCGGAGGACAACUCGCAGACCGGUAAAAUCGCCAUCGUCGCCCUCGCCGCGCUCGGUUUAGCGAUCAAGUCUCGCGUCGCGCGCUCGAAAGCCGACGCCAAACCGUUCGUCACGCGUUUACCGACCGCGACGAACUCGACGCCCGGCGCGUCGUCGAGCGUCGAUAAGAGCCCGUCCGGUCGCGCGUUGCGCUCGCCGUUGCGUCCUCGCGACUCCUCGACGCGUGAUCACGCGGCGGAGGGUUUGGCGUUGAUCGAGCUCGAGGCGCGCGGCGUCGCCGUCUCGGUGUCGCCGUUCGGCGCGACGAUCGUCUCGCUGCGCGCGGCGCGGCGCGGGGACGCGGACGAGAAGGAUGACGUCGUUCUCGGGUUCGAUGAUUGCGAGAGUUACGAUGAGGUCGAGGGAAGGCCGUAUUUUGGUGCGGUGUGUGGACGGGUGGCGAAUCGAAUCGCGCGCGGGGAAUUCGCCGUCGGCCGAAGGACGCACACGCUGGCGAAGAAUAACGGGGAGAAUACGCUGCACGGCGGGACUUCGGGAUGGGAUCGUAAGCGGUGGACGGUGGAGGAUCAAACGCGAAGUAGUGUGACGUUGAGUUACGUGAGCGUCGAUGGUGAAGAAGGGUUCCCGGCGAACGUGAAGAUGUACGUGGUGUACUCCGUCCUUUGCGUGCGAAAUUGCGCCGAGGUGACGACGAAGAUGACGGCGACGGCGGAUGCGAUGACACCAAUUUCCACGGUGCAGCACACGUACUUUAAUUUGAACGGACACGCGUGCGGGGAGGAUUGCUCGUCGCACGUCGUCGAGAUGCCGAAUUGCGACCGGUACGUCCCGGUGAACGAGGACACGCUGAUUCCCACGGGCGAAGGUUUGCGCAAGGUGGACGGCACGGCGUUUGAUUUACGUUCUCCGACACCGAUGUUUGAGAAAUCGAGCGAAGGCUACGACAACACGUUCGUCAUCGCCGGCGCAGACGCGACGAGACCGACGAGCGAACUCCCGCGCGCGGCGCCGCGAUUGGCGGCGCGCGUCACGUGCGAAGACGCCGGACGCGUUUUAGAGGUUUUAACGGACGCCCCGGGCGUGCAUUUAUACACCGGCAACUUUCUCUCCGAGAAUAUGGUCGGGAAGAAGAAGGAACGCGCGCGAUACCGCAAGCACGGCGGAUUCUGUCUAGAGACGGGCUGGUUCCCCGACGCCGUCAAUCAGCACUCGAAAAUCGGCGCCUCGUACCCGAGCGUCAUGGUCAACCGCGGCGACACGUACUCGCACACGCUAACGUACCGACUUUCGAACAUUUAA